AGGCACCGCCUCCUUGCGUCAUGAUCACCCGCUUGAUGCGGAAGCGGAUGUUAGUUCUUUCUUCGUCUCCGAGCCCUUUCACACUUCAAAGUCGCGUUUUUUUGACCAGCUGGUUCCUCAUUCCUCUCCCCAACCCGAGGAAAGCAUGAAUCUGGAGCGCGUUUCAAACGAGGAGAAACUGAAUCUGUGCCGGAAAUAUUAUUUGGGUGGCUUUGCCUUCCUUCCUUUCCUCUGGCUGGUUAACGUCGUGUGGUUUUUUAAAGAAGCUUUCGUAAAACCCGCCUACACAGAACAACCGCAGAUCAAAAUCUAUGUGAAACGUUCAGCGCUGGGGUUAAUGCUGUGGGUGGCCGUGCUCACGACGUGGAUCACCAUUUUCCAGCAUUUCCGAGCACAGUGGGGCGAAGUGGCCGAUUAUCUCUCCUUCACCAUUCCUCUUGGCACACCAUAAAGAGACACUUUUUUUUUUUUUUUUUUUAAAUCUCUUAAACAGCAUGAUAAACGUGAUUAUUAUUUUGCCUCAUGAAAGUGAAAGAAUGACACAUGAGAGAAUGAAUAUGAGUCUGACUCUGAUGUCAUAAGCAAUGAGUGACAAGGCACAAUUGUACACACACGCGCGCACACACACACACUCCUCAUCUAUAAUGCUAAUCAUAAUCUCAUAAUCUUCUGAUUCUACUAACGGGGCUGACAUACCAGACUCUUGAAUCCAUGACUAAAGCCUUUCUUAUGUCUAAUUCAUAACUGGCGCCUAUUAUGAAACCCAAUCUCACAUUUGGGCACAUUCUAAUCCUCCUUCCUGUCUGGAUCUUACUGGAUGCUGUUUUUAGUAGCUUGUAGACGGAGUGUUGACAGCAGGCAAAAUAUGUUUCCCAACAUCAGUACUUGGCAUCCUGACAAAUAAAAAAAAAAAGAUUGAUGAGUUCUGCAGUCAGGCAUCUGAACUACGUUUUCCAAAAUAUGACCAGCAAGUAGUCGUUACGUGAUGGUUCAUAGUGUUCAUGUUCAUGAAUAGUGUCAGCUUAUUUUUGGCUCAUUCUUGAUGUCGAGGGUAGUGUGAUCAUGUUGAUGCUUUUACAAUUAUUCCUUUGUAAGGUUUCCUUUGCACACAAUUCAUUUCAAUCCUUAUAACAUGUUUGACCACAUGUUUUUGUUUACUAGGCAUGUCUGUGAAAGCCACUGUUAUUGAUUCAGAUUACUACUACUUCAUCUCUAUAAAAACAUAUACCUGA